GAAGCCCAGUGCCCCUGAGCAAAGUACAAAGUCUACACCACUGCUUCACCAGUAGUAACUGAUCAUUACGCUCAUGACAAUACCACAACACCACAUCACUGGCUCCCAGGAGACUACAAAACAGCUGCUGAAGGAGACUUUGCUGAGUAAUUUCAUUUGGACCAUCAGCCUUUGGAGAUCUGUGAGUUUGGACAGUUAGAACCAGAGCAUGUUUGUGACUGUGCUCCUGCUAUUGGUCACUAUAUGUGCCCAGGGAGGAAAUGGCGAGGAGAAAGCAGAGGCACAGAGACCUGGCCAUGUUUCAGUGGUAAUAGUGGGAGGCACAGGUGAUCUGGCAAAGAAGUACCUGUGGCAGGGCUUCUUCGACCUGUACACUAACCAGGUCAGUAGUGGAUACACCUUUUCCUUCUAUGCCGGAGGACUGUCACCUGCCGACGUGGCCACGCCUGUCCUGUUUGAGAUCCUGAAGGCGGUGUCCUGCUCAAAAGAUGUAUCAGCGGAGCGCUGUGCUCUGUUGAAAGAGCAGUACCUGCAGCUCUCACAGUAUCGGCAGCUGAAGUCCAUAGAGGACUACCAGGAACUGGCCAAACAUAUUAAACAAGAGCUCCAACAAGAGGGAAUAACAGAGGCAGGGAGGCUGUUCUACCUCUCAGUACCAGCCUUUGCAUACGCAGAUAUUGCUGAUAAGAUAAAUAAUAGUUGCAGACCAACCAGUGGGGCGUGGCUGAGGGUGGUGCUAGAGAAGCCUUUUGGACAUGACUUCAGGAGUGCCCAGGUACUUGCAUCUCAACUUGGCAGCUCCUUGAAGGAUGAAGAAAUGUACAGAAUCGACCAUUACCUGGGGAAGCAGGUGGUUGCAAAGAUACUUCCAUUCAGAGUAGAGAACAAAAACUUUCUGGAUCCCAUUUGGAACAAGCACCACAUCGAGAGGGUGGAGAUUGUAAUGAAAGAGACCCUCGAUGUCAAAGGUCGUAUGCCCUUCUAUGACCAAUAUGGGGUGAUCAGAGAUGUGCUGCAGAACCACCUUACUGAGGUAAUGACCCUGCUGACCAUGAGGCUUCCACUGAAUCUGAGCAGCAGUGCGGAAGUCCUUCAGAAUAAGCUGCAGAUUUUCAGUUCCCUGCUGCCUGUAGGAAAGAAUCAAGCCGUGAUCGGCCAGUACCAAGCGUACAAGACAGCAGUUCAGCAAGAGUUGAAUAAGACAAAAGAUCACGUCAGUCUCACACCAACAUUUGCAGCUGUGUUGGCACACAUCGAUGAGACCCAAUAUGAAGGUGUGCCAGUUCUUUUGAUCUCAGGGAAGAUGUUAGAUGAACGGGUGGGGUAUGCGCGUAUACUUUUCAAGAAUGACAUAUUUUGUCUUCAGAACCACAACAGCGUUCACUGCAAGCCCAAACAGAUAGUUUUCUUCUUUGGGCAUGGCAACCUUCAAUAUCCAGCAAUUCUUGUAAGUAAGAAUUUAUUCAAGCCAGUUUUAAUAGACGAUGAGUGGAAGGAAGUGACGGAGCAUAAAGAUGUCAGUGUUCUAGGUUUGCCUAUUUCAGACUAUUAUGUGCAAACCCCAAGAGAGCAGAAGGAAGCAUAUUCAGAACUUAUUUCUCAUAUUUUCACUGGACGUAAGAACAGUUUUAUCAGUGCUGAAAACCUGCUGGCUUCCUGGGGUUUUUGGACACCACUGCUGAGAAGCUUAGCCAGUUCUUUUCCCCGCAUCUACCCCGGGGGUACUGACAAUGGAGACCUGCUGGAUGUCCGUAUAAAAGGGAAAGACAUUAGCUACAACAGUGAGGUGGUGAUAAUCAGCCCUGAUCAGAUGUCUGGAACAUCAGCAGACGGUUUCCAAGUAAUGCAAGGCAAAUUUCGUAGUGCUGACAUGGUGUCCGCCUGGGCUGAGGAGCUGGUGGAGAGGCUAGCUGCAGACAUAGAGGAAGCAGCAGAGGCAGCAGUGCGUGAGGGGGGUGUUUUCCAUCUUGCCCUCUCUGGUGGGUCCACUCCCCUCGCUUUGUUCCACAGGUUAGCCCUGCACCACUUCUCCUUCCCCUGGAGGGAUACCCAUGUGUGGAUGGUAGACGAACGAUGCGUGCCUCUGACUGAAAUGGAGUCCAACUUCCACAGCCUGCACAACCAUCUACUGCAACACGUGAGGAUACCCUAUUACAACAUCCACCCCAUGCCAGUGCAGCUCAACCAGCGUCUGUGUGUGGAGGAGGACGGAGGAGCACGGCUGUAUGAGCAAGAGGUCAGCAAGUUGGUUAAUGGCUCCAGCUUCCAUUUUGUACUGCUGGGAGUCGGCUAUGACAGCCACACUGCCUCUCUGUUCCCUGGCAAUAAAGUGGACGAACUUGGGGAAGGUCUGGUGGCCCUCACUGAGAGUCCUGUCAAGCCUCACCAGCGCAUGAGCCUCACUUUCAGUGCCAUUAACCGAGCUCGCACGGUCGCUGUUUUAGUGAUGGGCAAAGGCAAGCAUGAACUGAUCACCCAGCUGAGCCGAGUGAAGGACAACCCAAACAAGUGGCCCGUCACCGGGGUGAAGCCUGCUGAUGGCAGACUUGUUUGGUAUAUAGACUAUGAUGCACUUUUAGGAUAGGAAUCACAUUCCUAACUUUCAAUCAGACAAAUGUUUUUGAAGCUGCUUUAAAACUAUAGUUGGUAACUUUUAUGAGAAUAACUUCCUGAAACUGUCACUACAUCCACACAGUAUUACAUCAUAAAAAUCAUGAUCCUCCUUCUCUUCCUACCUCUUCUGAUGGCAUUUGCGAGAGCCUAUCACAGCUCACAAUCACUGCUCCUUAACUUCGGUCAAACUGUCAAACUAGGACUGAUCAAAUAUGAAUCAAGAUUCUAUCGCUGCAUUGCCUAUUUCUCUCCUCAAACAUUUUCAGGAACAUAUUUUAGUGUACUGUUUAGCUGUAAAAUGAGAAUGCUUGUGCCUUGGCUGCCAUGUUGGAAACGGUUGAGUGAAGCACCACCCACUGCCUGGACCAAGUGUCUCAUUUUACAGCUAAACAGUACACUAAAAUAUGUUUCUGAGAACAUUUGAGGAGAGAAAUGGAGAGAAAUCACAAGCUGUGACUGACAUGAUUGACAGCUGCGUUAGAGACUCCUCAGCUCUGAUUGGUUGUUUUCCUUCACAUGUAUUAAUGCCAUUAGAAGUAAUUCAAGGGAGGCAGAUUAUCUGUCUUGUACUGCUGUUUGAAUAUAGUGGCAGUUUCAGUAAAUAUGACAUAAAGUUGUUUUUUAAGAAGUUACCAACAACAGCUUUAAUUAGACAGCUGGUUGGUGCAAAAGAAAGUAUGAGCCAACUCUUAAAGGACCUCUAGUUCUACAUAUUGUAGCUUAUUUAGCACAAAUUAUAUAUAUGAACACAGCAGGAUUUAAGACCGUUAUUUGUCCCUGAGGGGCAAUUGGCUUUGCUGCAGCAGCAAUAAAUUAAAAAUAAAAGACUACAACACAGGGCUGUACACACAAGAUAAAACCACAUAUACAUAACCACACAUAUAUUUUUUGAAAUCACAGCGUGUCAUCAGUUUUAUUGCAGAAAUGUCAAGUAUUUGCAAUUUAUAGUUAAAGCUGAAGUGUGGGACUUUUUCAUAUAAGAUAAAGCUCUCUGUAUUAUGCAGAAUAUUGGAGUUGUGGUGUUUGGGGACUGUGGCAACUUUCUUGUGCUGGUGCGCCAAAGUAAUGCAUUUUAUGUCAACCACCCAGAAAAUGAAAAGGAAUUUUUAAUUAAAGUAACAGAAAAAGAUUUGAAGAGACAGUGUUACCUACUUGGCAAAUUGCCUGCCUAGAUUUAGCGACUUUUCAGACCCUCUUACUUUGUUUCUAAAAUGCCAGUACCGACAAAUUUAGCGACUCAUUCAGACCAUCAGAGUAGAAGAGAGAAAUGUAUUGUAUUGUAAUUCAUUCCCAUGCGUGCUGCUCAGAGUAAUCACAGUCCACGACCCCUCUGCCAUCAGCACAAGGUCUCUCCCCGUCCUUCCUCUUGCACCAUGCAGUAGGGGAGAGAUCGCAGGAGGAGAGGAGACGCCGCUUGCAGCAGGAGUUCAGUUGUGAGUUUCAGUCUUCGUUCUCUGGAUUGGAAGUGUGAGAAAAUGGUGCUGAAAGCUCUCUUGCCUUUCAAAUAUUUUGUUGAAGUUUUAAUGCUUCCGUUAAUGUACAAUGACGUCACUAAUAUGCAAAGGAACAAGUCAUCUGGUGACUUUUAGCAACUUUUUGAGGUAGUGCUAGCUACUCCCAUUAGGAAAGAGUUGAUAACACUAUCAAAAUGGCGUUUCUAGGGUGUGGGGGAGAUGUAGAGAGCUCAUCUACAGACAUACGACAUGAGCACUUGUUGACAGCAUUUGUGUAAUUACUCUCAUUGCCACAGGGGGGAGACAAAAGUUCCUCACUCCAGCUUUAAUGGGUUAAAAACUAUGAUAAGGUCCUUUUAUACUGAAGCCUCGUUCAAAUCUUUUUUUUCUGGGUGUGUUUGUGUGUGUGAAAUGCAUAUACAGACUUUUUAUAGUUUAUCUAAACCUAAUAAUGUGUGAGAUGAGUGAAAAUCUAGACAAACGUGAAGUAUCUGUCUGCAGUUUACUAAGUGCAGGGUAUGUAGCACUGUGUGCAUAUCUUGUAUGAUCUCAGGUGAUUUUGUGAAUUUGCAGGUAUGCAGCUUACUGUAAUCUACACUUCUCGAUUGUAUGUUUUCUAUUGUUGAGUGGCAGUGACCCACUUAAAAUGUCCUCAGUGAGUUUAAAAAGACUGAAAUGUUACUGGUCCCAUUCAUUAUACAUUUUUUGUAUGUUAAUAAUGGAAAUACAAACGUGUGUUAUUGAAAUGUUUCAGAUAAUUCAAGAUAUUUGGUGCUUCAAAAAAAAAAAAGCACAUUCCUGACCCAUUCACAUUCCACUUAAAGAGUACUUCAUCCACAGAUUGACAGUUUCUAUAUCAGUUACUCACCGUGUGUUACCUUUACCUUCGUGAAGAAAACUUUUGUUUUUCUCACAUGCAACCAGGGUGAACAGAGAAUUGAAAAAGGGUGAACAUUCUUCAUAAUCUGAAGUAAAUGGGGGCCAUGUUCAACAACAGUAAAACCAUAUCAAAACGUAAUUUGACAAAUGCUCAAACACUUUGUGCCAUUAUUAUCUUAGUGUCAUUUAUCCAGUCAUGCUCAAACAUGUAUUUUAGCUAAAACAUUAUGUUUUGUUCUAUCUUUGCUGUUGUUAAAGAGCCCCGUCUUACUCCAAAGUCGUCAAAAUCCAGUGCUUUGGCAGUGACUUGCGGCGUCAGAAACCAACAAAAAAUGGCGUCCUUCAAGGUUGGCAUAUUACACUGCUGGUUGCCGCUAUAGUUUAACGGUGCCUGGCAGCAUCAGGAGGAAACGGGGUGGGACAAGGACGAAAGUUAAGGCAGCGAAAGUCCGACUGGGGCAGGCAACUCUUUUUUUUCCUACAGUGCGUUUGUUUUGAAAGACACUGUAUGUAAGCGUAAAAUUUCCUGUGAAAACAGAAGUGUAUCUUGAAAGAAGACAAUGCAUGUAACAGGCAGAACUUGACACAGUGUCCCAGAACUACAACAGCCAACACACCCAGGGUACCUUGCACAUCAUAUGUGGACGUGGAAAGUCCAUGACCAAACGUCAAUGUAUGACGAGGUCGGAGUGAGAAUGUGUUGUGUUAAACGCUGUCCCCGUUUACUUGAAUUCACGAAGAAUGUUUUUUCUUUUUUUAGAUUCUCUAUUCAGCCUAUAGGUGUGCAGAAAAAACGAUUUUUUUCACGAAUUCAAGGUAUUUGUUAUAUAAAUGGUCAUUUUGGGGUGAAAUAUUCCUUUAGAAAAUUCAGUGCCUGUGAUCUUGAGGUGCUUUUUGUAUGUGUCCAAACAAGAGCAGCUUUAUUUCAAGGUUGAUUUAUACACAGUCUUUGAAUUAAAGUGAAGUGCUACUGA